UUAUCAGACAAUACACAAGCCAUAUGCAGAGAAUUGAGAGCGGUAGUCCAACAUCGAUAUUCAGCCCAAGUGAUGAUCCAACCCCCGGGAGAGAAUUUGUAUUGCACACUACUUUUGUAUUGCUACGAUGCAUUCAAGGAAAUUAUUUUCUCAGUCCAACUUUCAGGUUGGUCACUGAUAUUCCAGCAACCACAGGGGCAAGCUUUGGACAAGAAGUAGGGCGCUAUGAAAGUCCAGUCCAUCUGUGGACUGUGGGGAUUCAUCAUUUCUUGUUCAUGUUGCUUCGUCAGCUGGGAAGGCAGAUAUUAUAUGAGUGUCAGUACUUGAAGAUUAAUGGAUGCAGGAAGGAUAAUGAAGUAUGAAAAUUGGUCUGUGGGGAUUCAUCAUUUCUUGUUCAUGUUGCUUCGUCAGCUGGGAAAGCAGAUAUUAUAUGAGUGUUUGUCGGAAUUGUUCUAGAUGAACAUGCUACCAAAGCUGCAGUUUGAAUUAGUUUAUUUUCAAAUUGAUUACUGUUUUCUGUGUUUUUUAAUUUAUGGCAGUUUAUUUAAAAGUUUGUUUGUAUUAGAUAAGUGUUGAGGUAGUUUUUGUAACCACCCUUAUCUGUGUACUUAAGUUUAUUUAGCAGAAUGAAAAUUCAGAGUGGCU